AUGCAGGGUUGCGAUACUGUCUACCACAUUGCCUCACCUUUCCUAGUACCACAGCAGAUCAAAGAUGGUAUGAAGGAUUGCGUCGAACCAGCUCUGAAUGGUACUCGCAAUGUUCUCGUCUCUGUGGACGACACGGAAAGCGUCAGACGGGUGAUCCUGACGUCCUCAAUCACAACCAUGUACGGCGACAGCAUCGACAUUCACAAAAUGGAGAACAAAACGCUAUCAGAGAGAUACUGGAACACCACAAGCACAGCCAACACGAACCCCUACAGCUUCUCCAAAGUCGCCGCCGAGAGAGAAGCCUGA